AUCCCGCGAUUGCUUAUUGCUUCGGCUUCACAAUGACGGAACCGUUUCCUCCGCUGAAUGGCGGACUGCCGCAGAAUCCUGUCUCCAACAGCGCACCCAGGCGCCGAAGGAAAUCAAGUGCCCUCGGCGCUGACGUCCCUGGCGAUGUUGAUGUCCCGUCCCUGGCCACAUAUCGAUCUGUCACCCCUCCGCUACACAGCCCAGUGACCAUGGACUCGAAAUCAGACAAGUCAGGACGUCGCUCAAAGCGAAAGACGACACGUCGAUACCUCUCAAAAGCAAAGCGAAUGUGCAUUCGACACACAUGGUUGUUCCCCCUCGUCCUCACCCUCACCAUCAUUUCGCUAUACCUCGUCUACCCUUACUCGUCCAACCCGCUGUCGGCCUGUCUCUUCCUGUCAUACCCACUCGCACGCGACGACCCCCUCAUCCCCGCCCACGUGCGAGCCGACCCCAAUGCGCCCCUACACUAUGGCAAAGGCGGACGGGAUUUCGCUUUCGUUGGUUUCUACACCAUUGUCCUGAGCUUUACCCGCGAGUUUUGCAUGCAGCGUCUCAUCCGCCCCAUUGCCCUUCACUUUGGCAUCCGCAAAAGGGAUAAGCAGUCGCGUUUCAUGGAGCAAGCAUACACUGCCCUUUACUUUGCUAUCUACGGUCCGUUUGGUGUAUGGAUCAUGUCACGUACUCCUGUAUGGUACUUCAACACCACUGGCAUGUACGAGGGAUUCCCGCACCGAACCCAUGAGGCAGUCGUAAAGGCGUACUAUCUGCUGCAAGCUAGUUACUGGGCCCAGCAAGCCAUUGUGCUCAUGCUGAUGCUCGAGAAGCCGAGAAAAGACUUCAAGGAGCUGGUAGCGCACCACAUCAUCACCGUCAGCUUGAUCUGGCUCAGCUACCGCUUCCACUUUACCUACAUGGGCAUCGCUGUGUACAUUACCCACGACAUUUCCGACUUUUUCCUUGCCUCGUCCAAAUGCCUAAACUACAUCGACUCCCCAAUCGUCACGCCGUACUUCUUCGUCUUCAUGCUCGUCUGGGGCUACGGCCGCCACUACAUCAACCUCAAAAUCAUCUGGUCGGUCCUCACUGCAUUCAAAACCGUCGGUCCCUUUGAACUCAACUGGGAAACCCAACAAUACAAAUGCUGGAUCAGCCAGUACAUUACCCUCGGUCUCCUUGCUUCCUUGCAAGCCGUCAAUUUGAUAUGGGGCUUUUUGAUCUGCAGGAUUGCGUACAGGUUUGCGGUGUACAAGGAUAUGGAGGAUGAUCGCAGCGAGUACGAGCCGACAGAUGAGGAGACGGAGGCCAAGGAGAAGCUGAUCAGGGAGGAUGGAGCGGAGAAGGAGACGAAGGAGCAGAUGGACAAGGUGGAGCAGAUGGCGCCUGUUACGCCUACUCCGGCACAUCCGGUGGCGGUGGAGCAGGAUUCGAUUGGGUCGAGGGUUAAGCAACGGAAGAGUGGGAAACAAUGAUGUUGAGCAUGGGGGAUAUAUGAAUGGGGUGAUGAUGAUGAUGGGAAUCAAUGAGUUUCGGGGGGGAUCAAAGGGUAUUUAAUGGUGACGAGGAGGGCUUUUGAAUGCCUUGAUGGGUGUGGAGGGAUCUUUUUUGGGGGGGAAGCAAGGCAACUUAAUCAAGGUCAAAGGGAGGAAUUCUUUUCUUCUACUUCUUUUUCUUUUUUUGCAAGCACACAGUCUUGUUGAACGAUUGAAUGGACAUAGUGGGUGUUUUUUUAUGAGAAUGUAAUUUAGAAUGCUGGCAUAGUGGCAUGUUUAAUUCUUCUUCGCUUCUUUUGCGUUGCUGGCUUUGGUGGAUAUGGGGUAUUCAACUGGCUGGUAUGCCUUGGGACCUGAUGGGAUUAUUUGGAGUGGUAUAGUCGAUGGUAGUUUUACAUACGUAUGCAUAUUGGACAUGGUAGUGCAAUACAGCAUGG